ACCUCCCGGAACCGAUGAUGGGCGUGAGCGGCAGCCUAUGAGGUCUGGGCUCCGCGGGCCUGGGCUCGGAGCGGGAGCCAAUCAGCAUCAUUUCAGAGGUGAUUGCUCUUGGAUCCUUCUGCUUACGAUGGCACAAAGAACUGGACUCGAAGAUCCUGAGAGGUAUCUCUUUGUGGACAGGGCUGUCAUCUACAACCCUGCCACUCAAGCCGAUUGGACAGCUAAAAAGUUAGUGUGGAUUCCAUCAGAACGCCAUGGCUUUGAGGCAGCUAGUAUCAAAGAAGAGCGCGGAGACGAAGUUAUGGUUGAGCUGGCUGAGAAUGGAAAGAAAGCAAUGGUCAACAAAGAUGAUAUUCAGAAGAUGAACCCACCCAAGUUUUCCAAGGUGGAGGAUAUGGCAGAGUUGACAUGCUUGAAUGAAGCAUCUGUUUUACAUAAUCUGAAGGAUCGCUACUAUUCAGGACUUAUCUACACUUAUUCUGGACUCUUCUGUGUAGUCAUAAAUCCUUACAAGAAUCUUCCAAUUUACUCUGAGAAUAUUAUUGAAAUGUACAGAGGGAAGAAACGUCACGAGAUGCCUCCACACAUCUAUGCUAUAUCUGAAUCUGCUUACAGAUGCAUGCUUCAAGAUCGUGAGGACCAGUCAAUUCUUUGCACGGGUGAAUCAGGGGCCGGGAAGACAGAAAAUACGAAGAAAGUCAUUCAGUACCUUGCCCACGUUGCUUCUUCACAUAAAGGAAGAAAGGACCACAAUAUUCCUGGGGAACUUGAACGGCAGCUUUUGCAAGCAAAUCCAAUUCUGGAAUCAUUUGGAAACGCGAAGACUGUGAAAAAUGAUAACUCAUCUCGUUUUGGCAAGUUUAUUCGGAUCAACUUUGAUGUAACUGGUUAUAUCGUUGGGGCCAACAUUGAAACAUACCUUCUAGAAAAGUCUCGUGCUGUUCGUCAAGCAAAAGAUGAGCGGACUUUUCAUAUCUUUUACCAGUUGUUGUCUGGAGCAGGGGAACACCUGAAGUCUGAUUUGCUCCUUGAGGGAUUUAGUAACUACAGGUUUCUCUCCAAUGGCUAUAUCCCUAUUCCGGGACAGCAAGACAAAGAUAACUUCCAGGAGACAAUGGAAGCGAUGCAUAUAAUGGGCUUCUCUCACGAAGAAAUUCUGUCAAUGCUUAAAGUAGUAUCUUCAGUGCUGCAGUUUGGGAAUAUUUCUUUCAAAAAGGAGAGGAAUACCGAUCAAGCUUCCAUGCCAGAAAAUACAGUUGCCCAGAAACUGUGCCAUCUUCUCGGGAUGAAUGUGAUGGAGUUCACUCGGGCUAUACUUACCCCUCGGAUCAAGGUCGGCCGAGACUAUGUGCAGAAGGCCCAGACCAAAGAACAAGCAGAUUUUGCAGUAGAAGCACUGGCAAAAGCUACCUAUGAGCGGCUCUUUCGCUGGCUUGUUCACCGUAUUAAUAAAGCUCUAGAUAGGACCAAACGUCAGGGAGCGUCUUUCAUUGGAAUUCUGGAUAUUGCCGGAUUUGAAAUUUUUGAGCUGAACUCCUUUGAGCAGCUUUGCAUCAACUACACCAACGAGAAACUGCAGCAGUUGUUCAACCACACCAUGUUCAUCCUGGAGCAGGAGGAGUACCAGCGGGAAGGCAUCGAGUGGAACUUUAUUGAUUUUGGAUUAGAUCUGCAGCCCUGCAUUGACUUAAUAGAGAGACCCGCUAACCCUCCUGGUGUCCUGGCCCUUCUGGAUGAAGAGUGCUGGUUUCCUAAAGCCACUGAUAAAACCUUUGUGGAAAAACUGGUGCAAGAGCAAGGAUCCCACUCCAAGUUCCAGAAACCUCGGCAACUGAAAGACAAAGCCGAUUUUUGCAUUAUACAUUAUGCAGGGAAGGUGGACUACAAGGCAGACGAGUGGCUGAUGAAGAACAUGGACCCUCUAAAUGACAACGUGGCCACCCUUUUGCACCAGUCCUCAGACAGAUUCGUGGCAGAGCUUUGGAAGGAUGAGAUUCAGAAUAUUCAGAGAGCUUCUUUCUAUGACAGUGUUUCUGGUCUUCAUGAGCCACCAGUGGACCGGAUCGUGGGUCUGGAUCAAGUUACUGGCAUGACCGAGACUGCUUUCGGCUCUGCAUAUAAGACCAAGAAGGGCAUGUUCCGUACCGUCGGACAACUCUACAAAGAGUCUCUCACCAAACUGAUGGCCACUCUCCGCAACACCAACCCGAACUUUGUUCGCUGCAUCAUUCCCAAUCACGAGAAGCGGGCUGGAAAACUGGACCCGCAUCUAGUGCUGGAUCAGCUUCGCUGCAAUGGGGUCCUGGAAGGGAUCAGAAUCUGCCGCCAGGGCUUCCCAAAUCGCAUCGUUUUCCAGGAAUUCAGACAGAGAUACGAGAUCCUAACCCCAAAUGCUAUUCCUAAAGGCUUUAUGGAUGGUAAACAGGCUUGUGAACGAAUGAUCCGAGCUUUAGAACUGGACCCUAACUUGUACAGAAUUGGACAGAGCAAGAUAUUUUUCAGAGCUGGAGUUUUGGCACACUUAGAGGAAGAAAGAGAUUUGAAAAUUACUGAUAUCAUCAUCUUCUUCCAGGCUGUUUGCAGAGGUUACCUAGCCAGAAAGGCCUUCGCCAAGAAACAGCAGCAACUGAGUGCCUUGAAGGUCUUGCAGCGGAACUGUGCCGCGUACCUGAAACUGCGGCACUGGCAGUGGUGGCGAGUCUUCACAAAGGUGAAGCCCCUCCUACAAGUGACUCGCCAAGAGGAAGAGCUUCAGGCCAAAGAUGAGGAGCUGUUGAAGGUGAAGGAGAAGCAGACCAAGGUGGAAGGCGAGCUGGAGGAGAUGGAGAGGAAGCAUCAGCAGCUUUUAGAAGAGAAGAAUAUCCUCGCCGAGCAACUGCAGGCAGAGACGGAGCUCUUUGCUGAGGCAGAAGAGAUGCGAGCAAGACUGGCUGCUAAAAAGCAGGAACUAGAAGAGAUUCUGCAUGACUUGGAGUCUCGGGUUGAAGAAGAAGAAGAAAGAAACCAAAUCCUUCAAAAUGAAAAGAAAAAAAUGCAAGCACAUAUUCAGGACCUGGAGGAGCAGCUGGAUGAGGAAGAAGGUGCGCGGCAGAAACUGCAGCUGGAAAAGGUCACAGCAGAAGCGAAGAUCAAGAAGAUGGAGGAGGAGAUUCUGCUUCUAGAGGACCAAAAUUCCAAAUUUAUCAAAGAAAAGAAGCUCAUGGAAGAUCGCAUUGCUGAGUGCUCCUCUCAGCUGGCUGAAGAGGAAGAAAAGGCAAAGAACUUGGCCAAAAUCAGGAACAAGCAGGAAGUGAUGAUCUCAGAUUUAGAAGAACGCUUAAAGAAGGAAGAGAAGACUCGUCAGGAGCUGGAAAAGGCCAAAAGAAAACUAGACGGUGAAACUACUGACCUGCAAGACCAAAUCGCAGAGCUCCAGGCCCAGAUUGAUGAGCUCAAGAUCCAGCUGGCCAAGAAGGAGGAGGAGCUGCAGGGUGCCCUGGCCAGAGGUGAUGAUGAAACACUUCAUAAGAAUAAUGCGCUGAAAGUCGUGCGGGAGCUACAAGCCCAAAUCGCUGAACUUCAGGAAGACUUUGAAUCUGAGAAGGCGUCACGGAACAAGGCAGAAAAGCAAAAAAGGGACUUGAGUGAGGAACUGGAGGCCCUGAAAACGGAGCUGGAGGACACCCUGGACACGACUGCAGCCCAGCAGGAACUUCGAACAAAACGUGAGCAGGAAGUGGCAGAGCUGAAGAAGGCUCUUGAGGAAGAAACCAAGAACCAUGAGGCGCAAAUCCAGGACAUGAGACAAAGACAUGCCACGGCCUUGGAGGAGCUCUCAGAGCAGCUGGAGCAGGCAAAAAGGUUCAAAGCAAAUCUGGAGAAGAACAAGCAGGGCCUGGAGACAGACAACAAGGAGCUGGCUUGUGAGGUGAAGGUCCUGCAGCAGGUCAAGGCCGAAUCUGAGCACAAGAGGAAGAAACUUGAUGCCCAGGUCCAGGAGCUCCACGCCAAGGUCUCGGAAGGAGACAGACUGAGGGUGGAGCUGGCCGAGAAAGCCAACAAGUUACAGAAUGAGUUAGAUAAUGUCUCCACACUUCUGGAAGAAGCAGAGAAGAAGGGUGUUAAGUUUGCUAAGGACGCAGCUGGUCUGGAGUCUCAACUACAGGAUACACAGGAGCUUCUUCAGGAGGAGACCCGCCAGAAACUGAAUCUGAGCAGUCGAAUUCGGCAGCUCGAAGAGGAGAAGAACAGUCUUCAGGAGCAGCAGGAGGAAGAGGAGGAGGCCAGGAAAAACCUGGAGAAGCAGGUGUUGGCCUUGCAGUCCCAGUUGACAGAUACUAAGAAGAAGGUAGAUGAUGACUUGGGAACAAUUGAAAGUUUGGAAGAAGCCAAGAAGAAGCUUCUUAAAGACGUGGAGGCACUCAGCCAGCGCCUGGAAGAGAAGGCUUUGGCUUAUGAUAAGCUCGAGAAGACCAAGAACCGCCUGCAGCAGGAGCUGGACGACCUGACAGUCGACCUGGACCACCAGCGCCAGAUCGUCUCCAACUUAGAGAAGAAGCAGAAGAAGUUCGACCAGCUGUUAGCAGAGGAGAAGAACAUCUCUGCUCGCUAUGCAGAAGAGCGGGACCGUGCGGAAGCAGAGGCCAGAGAGAAGGAGACUAAAGCCCUGUCCCUGGCCCGGGCCCUUGAGGAAGCCCUGGAGGCCAAGGAAGAGUUUGAGCGGCAGAACAAGCAGCUGCGCGCAGACAUGGAGGACCUGAUGAGCUCCAAAGACGACGUGGGCAAGAAUGUUCACGAACUCGAGAAAUCCAAACGGGCCCUGGAGCAGCAGGUGGAGGAAAUGAGGACCCAGCUGGAGGAGCUGGAAGAUGAACUUCAGGCAACAGAAGACGCCAAGCUCCGCCUGGAGGUCAACAUGCAGGCCAUGAAGGCCCAGUUCGAGAGGGACCUGCAGACCAGAGAUGAGCAGAAUGAAGAAAAGAAGCGGCUGCUGAUUAAACAGGUCCGGGAGCUGGAAGCAGAGCUGGAGGAUGAGCGUAAACAGCGGGCUCUGGCUGUUGCUUCAAAGAAGAAAAUGGAAAUAGACCUGAAGGACCUGGAAGCCCAAAUCGAAGCUGCGAACAAAGCUCGGGAUGAAGUGAUCAAGCAGCUUCGCAAACUGCAGGCUCAGAUGAAAGAUUACCAGCGUGAAUUAGAAGAAGCUCGUGCCUCCCGGGACGAGAUUUUUGCUCAAUCCAAAGAGAGUGAAAAGAAACUGAAAAGUCUGGAAGCAGAAAUACUUCAGUUGCAGGAGGAGCUUGCCUCGUCCGAGCGUGCCCGCCGACACGCUGAGCAGGAGAGAGACGAACUGGCCGAUGAGAUUGCCAACAGUGCUUCUGGCAAGUCUGCACUGCUGGACGAGAAGCGGCGUCUGGAGGCGCGGAUCGCACAGCUGGAGGAGGAACUGGAAGAGGAGCAGAGCAACAUGGAGCUGCUCAAUGACCGCUUCCGCAAGACCACACUGCAGGUGGACACGCUGAACACAGAGCUGGCGGCUGAGCGCAGUGCCGCCCAGAAGAGCGACAAUGCACGCCAGCAGCUAGAGCGGCAGAACAAGGAACUGAAGGCCAAGCUGCAGGAGUUGGAGGGUACCGUCAAGUCCAAGUUCAAAGCCACCAUCUCAGCCUUGGAAGCCAAGAUUGGGCAGCUGGAGGAGCAGCUGGAGCAGGAAGCCAAGGAACGAGCAGCCGCCAACAAGCUGGUCCGUCGGACAGAGAAGAAGCUGAAAGAGAUCUUCAUGCAGGUGGAGGACGAGCGCCGCCACGCGGAUCAAUACAAGGAGCAGAUGGAGAAGGCCAACGCCAGGAUGAAGCAGCUCAAACGCCAGCUGGAGGAAGCAGAAGAAGAAGCUACACGUGCCAACGCAUCUCGGCGUAAACUCCAGCGGGAACUGGACGACGCCACCGAGGCCAACGAAGGCCUGAGCCGCGAGGUCAGCACCCUCAAGAACCGGCUGAGGCGGGGAGGCCCAGUCAGCUUUUCUUCCAGCCGAUCCGGCCGGCGCCAGCUGCACAUUGAGGGGGCUUCUCUGGAGCUGUCAGACGAUGACACAGAAAGUAAGACCAGUGAUGUCAAUGAAACGCAGCCACCCCCGUCCGAGUAGAGCCGGAGGAAGCCGGUGGAGGCGAUACAGUGGGACGCGCAGGGACAGCCGCCGCCGGCCUGCCUCGGGGCCGCCUGCAGAUUAGGAAACGGGCCGCUGCAGGAUUCCUUACUGAAAGGUCGACUGUGUCUUAAGGCUUUCUGGCCUGCCCAUACUGUAUCCUGCUUCAACCCUAGGUUCCAGCGCUCCCCUUUUUAUAUACACACGUGCACAGCACACGCAUUCAACAGGUUGUCUCUUCACCGCAUCUGUUUUCCAUGUAUCCGCCAAGAGACCAUUUUAUAAUACAUGUUAGGAAGAGAACCCUUUUUGAAAAAGCAAACUCCAGCCCCCUCGUUCCCAGGUGCGGGGUGACGGGGGCAGCCGAGGCUGUUGCUCAGACGCCCUGCAUGCUCUGUCGUACGGACAGCACCUUAGUUCUGUGUUCGCGUGGCCCCGACUCCUCAGCCGCAUGGAGUCGCUUAGAACAUUGUGGAACCUAAACUGCACCUGUAGCUCUCGUUUUCUCUGAAUAAUGAUCAUCACUGGUUCAGUGAGCAAACUGUGAAAGGGGCUUCGGAAAGGCGGGGGGGGCGGGUUGGACUGGAGGAAGCAGCAUCCGUUUGGGGGUUACCAUGCCCACCUCCCAAGGGUGGCUGUGUCCCUCCGGUUGGUGGUGUCCCGCAUCUAUCCCUGUGAACUGUCCUUGGCCAGGGCUGGUCUGGGCACGAGGCUAGUGGCCAUAAUGCAGCUUUGGCCCCAGGCGCACCACCACCUUGACCUCUGGACGUGGUCUCCUCAACGCUGGCUUCACGGGGCCACCUUCUCAUCAGAAGCCCGCAGCUCUGGGCCCCUAAGCAGGAGGGCGCGGGAGGUCCGCCCUCACCAGCCAGGCUCUCGUGCUGACCUUGCAAAUUCAGCCGCUGCUUUGAGCCCAAAAUGGGAAUCUUGGUUUUGUGUUCAAGACUUGUUCCAAGUUUGUUGGUGAGGCUUGCAGAACCUUGAGACCAGAUGCCAUCUGCCUGAAUGUUGACAUGCCAGUGGAUGUGAGUCCGUUGUCCCUUCCCCUUCCCCUUCCCCAGGACAGUGUUACAGUGAACAGCUAGCAUUCUCUCCUGGUUGGUAGUUGAGCAAACUGACGUUACAGAAAGUGCCUUAGACACCGCAGGACUAAGACCACGUUAAAUCUAUCAUUUGCCUCUAUAACAACUUCAUGUAUUAAGUUUGACUGUGCUUCACAUCACGUACCUCUCUAGUCAAAGUGGUAUUGAAACAUUAAGUGACAACGAUCAGUGUUCAUUACAAAUCUUGAUCCCCUGCAAUGUGCUUGACAACACAGACCUUUUGGGUUAAAAGCUUUAACAUCUGUUAGGAAGAAUUUGUCACCUGGGUUUCGAAUCUUUGAUCCCCCCCCCUUUAUGAAUUGUACUGGCUGUUGGUCACCAGACACCUGACUGCAAAUAUCUUUUCUUGUAUUCCCAUAUUUCUAGACAAUGAUUUUUGUAAGACAAUAAAUUUAUUCAUUAUAGAUAUUUACGCUUGCUCUAUUUACUUGGAGGAAAAAGCACCUGUUGAGAAUAAGCAGAGUUGAGUAAAGAAGAAUAACCACAUGGUCGUGGCAUCUGCUCCCCUCUGUUCUCAGUUUCCCACCUGUGAUGACUGGAGCUUGGUAGCUACAGUCUUAAAAUGAGGACAGCCAGGCCCCUUUUCUCUGAGGAGCUCUGCACCCCCAGAAGCUGUCAAACAACGGCUCCCUCCGGGCAGUCUGUGUUCCAGCCUUGCCAUCACCAGGGCCCUUGCAGUGGUGCAGACAUUGGUAGAAGGACUGCCUGGUGUGGGCGCUGGAGACUAAGGUCUAAGGGAGAAGGGAGCCCUUUAAGGCAGCAGGAUGAAGCCUUUAGGAUUUUGAUCACCAACCAAUGAAGCUUGUUACUGGAUUAGUCUUUUAAGAGAUCCAAGAAGUUUCUGACUGCAUUUUGGGUAGGAUGCCCAUUGGAAAUGCUCUGGGGAGGAUUCAGUGGUGAGACCCAAGGGCAGCCUCUCUAGUGUGGACCAGCUAGGAUGAGCUGGGUAACGCGUAGAGAAUGUGGAUUUUUUUUUCUUUUUAAUUCCAUAAAAUUCUUCAGUUACCCUGGGUCUAGUAGUGUGAACUAUCUGCUCAGGUUUCCUGGGAACGGUGGGGGCGUGGGAAGUGCCAAACACUCAAAUAAGAGCUGUCCUUCCCUGCUGGCUGGCUGAGGGUUGGUAAUGGCAGUUUCCCAGCCUCUCAGGGGAAACACCAUCUACAGGGAUAUUCCAGGUUCUGAUGCCCCAGGCGUGCUAAUUAGAAGGGACCUUUGUUCACCGAGCAAACCACCACUUCACAGUUGAAGAACGGUAUUUAAUGAAAUCUUUGUGGGGUGUUUAGAACACAGGGAAGGCCAUUUAUGGGAGCUGAGCUCAGAGUGUGUCAAAACCUCAAGCUUGUGGUUCCACCCGGCAGGAGAGUAGUUGGUCGUGAGGAGGAAUCCAGGAAGACUGGCGGGGAGAACCUUGUCCUCCAGGCUUUAGGUGAGGCUGUACUGGGAUUUUACCUGGGGGCUGUUGUGCACACAUCCCGCUCUGCCCUUGCCAUGCCACAGGCACUUCUUUUUUUAAUGCAGACAUUUCAGGGAAUUAUUUCAAAAGGUCUUGGUAGCAAUAACGCGUAUUCCUAGCCUGACUGGCUUGUGGGUAAACCUCUGCAGCCAGAAAGGCUCUAGGGCCCUGUCACGUUUCCUUUCUGCCCCCGCUCCCCAUCCCUGAGACCGCCUCAGCUAAGACAAAUUACAGACCAUAAUGCCAAGCAAGUUGUGUCAUAGCCAGUCCUCCCUCAGGCUCUCAAUUCAACUGCCCCAAGGCCCCCUCCUCUCGAAGCCAGCUUUGCUGGGGGACAGCCGUGUCUGUCAGGACUGGGGACAAUAACAGCUCAGUUGUCAAGCUUGAGGAACCACCCCUUCCUGCCCCACUCUCAGCCCCCUCAAAAAAGGAAAAAAAAAAAAAAAAAAAGCCAGAAUUCUUAGGAAGUAGAGAGGCUAGCUGCCCUAGUUCCAGGCAGGUCUGUGACUGAAGCUCUAGGAGAGACUUUCACACAGCCUUACUAGUUGCUCCGGGAGGAAGGGAGAAAGCACCCCUCUCUCCCCACCUUUCUAGGAAAACAUCUGCACCAAGAGCUCGUCACGUUGAGUGUUUGCUAGAAUGCUGUGUCCUGUGCCAACUGUCAGGGCCAGACCGGGCAAGCCACUUCUUUUUGUAGCCACCUGUCCUUCGGAAAUCUAGCAAAUCAUGCGAAGUGUCUUCCAUGAUUCAUGUAAGAAAUCUCAUUAAACUGUCAGAAGGUAUACUUACACGAUGCCAGUUUUCACAGAUAAUGCUAACUAGUUACGGUGCCUGUGUGCUGUAUGCAGAGUCUGACCAUGUCUUUAAACCCUUGAUGAGGCCCGGAAUUCAUGUUUCAGUGAGGUCUGUUUAUUUUUUCCAACUGGCCCAACAGUGGGAUUCCUCCCAGCUGAAUGGAUUUCAUGAAGCCUUAUUCAAGGUGUAACAUGACAGUGACUUCAGCGCUGGGUUUGACUGAAAGACGCACAAGGUUCCAUGUUGCAUAGAUUCUAAGAUGCCAUUUUUUCACAUAUGUAAAGGCGCACGGCUUACAGUUGCUGCCAGCUAGGUGGAGCUGAGAUGUGGCUGUCGUUGCCUGACCCUUCCUGACGAGACCAAUAAAGCCCAGCAUCAAGCUUGCAGAACGAGCGUCCACAGCUUGGAAGAAUCCCCCGGAACCAUCAGUGAUACACGCUUCCCAGAAAUGCUGCCUCGCCAGCGUGCGUCGUGGCACAAAGGACAAGACUGCUUAGGAACACACGGACAAGGACGACCUGAGUCAGAGCCUCGGACUCUCAAUGUGAAGCUCUGGGAAUCUCACUUUCAUUUUCCUUUUUGUAUCCGAAAGAGGGAAGUGUGAUGGAGGUGAUGAAAAUCUGUCUCAAAUGGUCUAAAGGAGCGCUGAUGUCAGUAAGUCUAAGUAAUGAGCAUUUUCAUGGUUCUAAUUGGCACAUUUUUCUUAACAGUUCAAAAAAUAAAGACGUAUCUUAAAA